AUGCCUUCUCGUGGAGUAAAUGUUCCUACGGACCCCAGACAGAAGGAGAAGGAUAUCAACCAGAAGCUGCAGCUGUUCGGCAUCUACCAGGCCUUCAAAUAUGGCAAGCUUCCAUCUAACAAGCAAUGCGAUGUCGCCCUGAACUCCGCCCUGAACUCCAAGGCGCUCGCAAAACCGCCGCAAGAACUUUCCGAGGAAGGCCGAGUCCUUGUGCAAGAUGUCCGCAAGGUAAUUGAGGAAUCUAAAAAACUCAUUCUGAGCAAGAACGACGGUCAAUUGCUUCAAGAAUUUAUUUGGGAUGCCCAGCGCAUCUCUGCCGAUGAUGUGCAGAAGCCACAGAUCGCUGGCACCAGAGACUCCGCCGAACAAGAUGCCGCCAAGGCAAAGGAGGGACUAAAGUCACUUGGAACUUUGAUUAUCACCAAUGGCGAGUUCCGAAAGAUUCUGAACGAUGCAUUGGUUAUCGCGCGCGAUAUCGCCGGAGAUGCUUCGCAGAAGGCUGCCAACAAGGUCCGCCCAUCUGAGGAGCAACUAUCCCAGGUUGACCAACCUGCCGACGACAAUGUUUGGCAUGAAAAGCCGGAUGUCUCUGGAUACAAGGAGCAGUUCAAGUCUCGCUUCAGCAAGAAGAAGGAAGACGCAGCUGAUGUCGCCAACACUGGUGUCGGGGCUAGCACUACUGGCUCCACUCUUGACCCUUAUGCUGGCGUCCAGGCAUCCGCUGAACACGCGCAGUCGAAGGUUCCUGAGGAUCAGAAGUCAAACCUCUCGAGCCGUACUCAAGAAUACAAGAACAAGACCAAAAACUAUCUGUCUGAAAAGUUCCCCCAGGAACGUCGUGACCAGGCUGUUUACCGUCUAAAGAAGAUUAUUAUAGAGAUCCAGGGUCACCGUGACUACCAGCAAGCGAUUGAAACACUGCUUGACCUGGCCGAGAAGUACGGCAGUCGUUCAAGGCAUGCGGUCAAGGAAGGCACCGGCAGCGUUAAGGACACCCGUGGUGGAGGCAAGGUCCAAAGCCUGGAAAAGAGCCUGAGGACCUUGAUCGAACGCUUCGCCAACAGCACUUCCAUGGAUGACCUGUUCGAUUCUUUGGAGACCAUCUACCGCGAUGCGGACAAGGACCCCGAACUCAAGGGAUGGUUCAAGAACAUUAAUAGCUUCAUCCGUAAAACUCUGCAGCAACAGGGCUACGUUUUGGAGGAUUCCUGGAACCGCCAGUAUGAUGAGCUGACUGACCAUGGCCGAUUCUUGCUGCGCGACCGCUACAAGAACCACACCGAUCGUGUUUUCGACGAGGUCAAGUUCCUUGGUGACCAAUUCAACCAGGAUCGCCAGAAUAAGGCAUUCGGUGACUCCGUGGAGAAACUGUUCACCGACCUGGGUCGCGAUGAGAGUGGCAACGUCAAGUUCAAGAAACACCUUGUCAAGGACCUCACUGACGUCAUCAUUCCCUCUAUCUUCGAAAAUGUUCGCUAUGUUCCUAUUCCUCGUAUCGAAGUGCAAGAUGCUAUGGCCGACGUAGUCAUCGAGAACCUGGUGAUCGAGAGCGACAACCUCAUGCCAAAUGUUGUUGAAUUUGGAAGCGAUAACUACCACCGCUGGGGUCGAAAGAAGAUCACCAGCAAGAAUGAUAACAAGAUUAUGAUCUCUGUCUCUGGGAUCCAGGCCGACCUGAGGGAUGUCAGCUACUACAUCAACAAGAAAGAGGGCUUCCCUUCCAUCACCGAUACUGGUGUCAUGGAUAUCUUCCUUGGAGGCGAGGGCUUCUCUUUCAAGAUCGCAGCAUCUAAUGCUCAGAAGAAGGACCGCCAGAACUUUGUCAAGCUCGAUAAGGUUUCCGUUAAUAUUGAUGACAUUGACAUCAAGCUCAAGAAAUCUAAGCACAAGGUCCUCUUCACGGUAUUCAAGCCCUUGCUCUUCCGCACUGUGCGCCCGGUCCUCCAGAAGGUCCUUGAGAAGCAGGUCCGUGAUGCCUUCACCAGGGGCGAUGCUUUCGCAUAUGAAGUGCACCAGGAAGCCAAGCGGGCCCAGGAGCAAGCCGCACAGGAGAUCAAGGAGAACCCUAAGGAUGCUCCGAAUACAUACAACCGCUAUAUGAGCGCGUUCCGUGCCAGGAUGGAGGAGCGCAAGCGCCAGGCUCAGCAAAAAGCCGAACAGGCCGCCAAGCGCGACACUAAGGUGCAGACGACUACAACGCUCAGUGGUUCUCUCUUCCCGGACAUCAAGCUCCCUGGCGGCAUUACCACGAAGGCUAGCGAGUACGAGGAAAUUGCGAAGAAGGGCGAACGCUGGGAGUCCCCUAUCUUCAGCAUCGGCUCUGCAUCUGAGUCGACUGACAUCCCGAAGCCUGACGCAAUCACUCGUAAGCCACACAGUGCUGCCGAAGCCAGACUUCGUGAUCGCAAUGCCACCGGCGGCGCAGCUGACGGUGCUGCCACCGGCACAAACCUCACUACUGGUGGUACAGCAGUGACCAAUGGUCAGGCGAAGCACUAUGGUUCUACUUUGAGCAAUGGCGCCAACGGCACUUCCGCUCAGGACGCUUCUACUGUUUCAGGAACCCACACGGCAUUCAAUCCUCAGACUGCAUGA